GUUCCCUUUCCUCUUCUUCACCUCUUGGCUCCAAGAAAAGAUCAGGAUUAGAAAGACAGGGGACAAAGGGGGGAAAGGAGAAAAAUCACCAAAAUGCCAAAGCCCAAAAUACCCCUCUCGGCAACCCUCCCCCCUCUGAUAAUGGGCACAGCGACCUUCAACGCCCAAUACAACAAGGAUCCCUACGCGCUCCCGACAACAGAACUUGUCCAGCAAGCCUUCGACAACGGCAUCCGCGCCUUCGACACAUCCCCUUACUACGGUCCCGCCGAAGAACUCCUAGGCCACGCCCUAUCGACGGAUUACGUGCGCACCAAAUACCCCCGAUCAUCGUACCAACUACUCACGAAAGUCGGGCGGAUCGCAAGCUCCUCCUUUGAUUACUCACCGUCUUGGAUCCGGAAGAGCAUCCGUCGAAGUCUCUCGAGAUUACACACCGAUUACCUGGACGUGGUGUACUGCCAUGAUGUCGAGUUUGUUUCAGCGGAGGAGGUUCUGGAGGCCGUGAAGGAACUACGACGCAUUCGGGACUCCUCGCAGUGCAUCCGCUAUGUCGGGAUCUCGGGGUACCCUGUUGACGUGCUGGUGAAGCUGGCGCAUAUGGUUUUACGGGAAACGGGGGAGCCGUUAGAUGCGGUGAUGUCGUAUGCGAAUUUUACGGUGCAAAAUGCCAGGCUUUCGAAGGUGGGGUUGGAACCACUGCUUGCUGCUGGGGUGGAUGUGGUGCCUAAUGCGUCGCUUCUGGGUAUGGGGUUGCUACGACGCACCGGUGUCCCUAUCGGGGCUAUGGGGGAUUUCCAUCCUGCGCCUGAUGGGUUGAGGGAUGCUGUGCGAAGGGCGAGUGAGUGGGUUGAUAAGCAGGGUGGAGGGGAGGAGAAAAUCGAGGUAAUUGCUAUUCGGUUUGCGCUUGGAUCAUGGCUUCGCGACGGUGCCAAGGCCGGUGGAAUGGGUCCUACUCUCUCCAACUCAUCCUCUGAUGACGCUGCUGCCGGAGAGAGGCUAGGUGUCAGCGUCAUGGGCGUGAGUAAUCUAGACGAACUGCAUGAAACAUUGCGGGUUUGGCGCAGCGUCGUCAACGGCUUGGACGACGAGGUCCAACAGCAAGAACACACCCGCAUCCUAGGCCUGGCACAAGGCAUUCGCUCCGUUCUUGGCCCAGCAUGGACCGACUACGCCUGGUCCAGUCCAUCCCCUGAUUUUGUCAAUUACCUUUCACCUGAACAUAUUUCACUGCGGGACUUGACGGCUGACAUUGCAUGACUGGAGUCUCAUGAAUGCUUUCUUUCUAGAAUAGACAUGCAACUAGAUAGAACGUAUUAGAUAGUUUUCCACAGAUUAUUUCCAAAGAAUCCUAUGCACGCCUGAUGAAGCUGUGUGGAUGCACCGGAUUCCUGCAUAAUUGGCAAUGACGGCAAACGCUCCCCCCACUGCUCAUCAUAUCACAUCCCAUCCUCUCCAAGCGAUCGCAUAUAGCGCUCCCUUGGUGAGAAGGAGGAUGAAAAAGAAUUUGCAAUGGAAGGACCGAACGGAUGAUUCAUUUUUUAUAUCAAUUCUCCUUGCUGAAUUAGCCAGCCACAUCGGACGCAGACGGCUAGCUCCAUUCACCGACGUGUAUGUGAACUCCGAAGCGUAGAAGUGGCAGGUAAACUGUUUCCUAAAGAAUCGUUUUAGUAGCAUACGAAUAGGUCAGGAACCGCAUAGUCCCACUCGAAGAAUUAGUAUGAUCAUGGAGGGAGACAGUUGGAUCCGGUAUGAGGAUGUAAAGAAAAACAGCCAGAAAGGGGCAAGGGGGAAAGGAAACCCCCAAAGACAUGAAAACGUUUUGAAUCCCCAUUAGAAGAACCGUAACACCCCAUCUCUUGAACUGACGCCAUUGAAUCAUUUGCACCUAGUCCUCGGCGGGCUGAGAGCAUGAAAGAACUCCCAGUGCGCAGAUUUUGGCAAGAACACCGACAAGCGUAACGAAACGACAGUGACCACAAAAAUAAUAGGAAUCCUGUACAAGUCGAUAAAUAACCAUGGGGGAAAGAAUAUGCCGGGAUAAGCUCAUCUGCCCAUAAACCUGGGUAUCUCACGCUAAAAAUAAGAAAAACAACAACAACAACAACAACAACAACAACAACAACAACAACAACAACAACAACAACAACAACAACAACAAAAA